AUACGCGCGUCCACAAAUCGCAAAAUGUGUAUAAAAAUGCGUGGGAGCGACGAAUUGGACAUCAGUUGAGUUCCCUCAGUGCAACAGUAGAGUCGCAGUUCGCGUUCGUGUCUUAAAUCUUUUGUUUCAAUUGAAAUCAAGCGUGAAAUCUUAGUAAUGAAGCCUGUGAUCUGUAUAUUGGCUUUCGCCCUCGCCACCGCCAACGCUGGCCUCUUGCCACACCACGGCCAUGACGCACACAUCGUCGAAGGUGCCCACCAUGUUGACAUUCCACAUGGCAGUGGCAUCCAUCUCGGCCACUCAUCCGCCAUUGUAAUCGACGCCGGCGGCGCUGCCCAACACAUCGAAUCGCAUCCCGUCUACCAUCAUGAUGACCACAAUGCGCAUGUCGAUGUACACCCAAUCGUACAUGACUCGCAUCAUCAUCAUGAUCUCCAUCACGAUGUGCAUCAUGAUGUGCACCAUGACAUCCACCACACCGCAGCCGCCGCCAAAAUUGUACACCACGAGCCAAUUCACCACGUCGAGCCAGUGCAUCAUGUCACCAAAGUCGUGCACCAUGAACCACACCACUUCUUGCACUAUGUCAAGCCUGUGAUCGAUCAUCAUGUCAUCCACCAGGACAAUCAUCAUGAUGAACAUUUCGUUGCACACGACUUGCAUCACGCUGAAGUGCACCAUGGUCCUGUGUUGCACCACCACGAACAUGUCGAUCAUCAUGCUCAUUUGGUGGAUCAUCAUCACCACCAUCACGCCGCUUUGGUCCACCAUGCCCCCGCUCACACACACGCCGCUGUGGUGCACAAGAUCUACCCUGGUGAUGCUCAUCAUGGCAACAUUUUGGCCUUCGCUCGUCACGCUCUCCACGGCAAAUAUGGCAAAGUGAAGAUCACCGAGAAACUUUACUAAUCGAUUUCAUAAUGAAAUUCAAUAAGAACAACAACAACCACCAAGAACUAAACUCAUCUAGCAACUAAAUCAACGCGAACCUAGCGAAAUAUGGUACAACGACCACAAAUCAUAGUUAAUUUAUUAAACGAAUUGAAAGUGCUGCUAAGGGCACACAUAGAAAACUCAUACAUGCGCGCACUCACUCAUACAUACAUACAUACAACCAUAUGUAUAUUUGCUAACCUCCAUUUGGCAUCCGUCGCACUCUACUAGCAUCAUUUACUUAGUCUAGUAAUGUAAUCUGUAUGAAAUUGUAAAUUUAGCUUAUUUUUUCUCCUCUCUUCCUCCUGAGAGUGUUGCCUACAUAAGAGGGCUUAACACUCGAACAACUCUAACUUUUUGUACAAAAUUUAAUAAAAUAAAAAAUUCGAAAAUAUAUGAUAGUGCCAAUGUAAA